AUGUCGACCUGUGGCGUCUGUAGGAAGUGUUGUGAAGGUGUUGGAAACUCUGUUAAGUGCACCGGUUGUGGUAGUGUUUUCCAUGCUGACUGCAUCAAGAAGCAAGAUGGUGAAACAAUUAAGCCACGUGCGUGCAAAGAUUGGAAGUGUAGAGACUGCAAACAAUCUGCGGUAAGUACAGGCAGUGGCUCUUCAACGACUACAACUUCAAUAACAAAAGAGUUUUUCUUAAAAGUCAUGGAAAAUGUCAAAAAUGAGAUCACCAAUGAACUUAAAGGUGUGAAAAAGGAGACUCUUGAGUUAACCACGUCAGUGCAGCACCUGUCAGAUACUGUCGACGGUGUAGUUAGUCAGAUGAAUGAUUUUAAAAAGGAAAUUAUGUAUAUUCGGAAGGAAAAUGAAGAUCUGCGUGCCAAAAACAAUACAUUAACCUCACAACUUGGAAAAUUAAAUGAUAGGAUACGAGAUUUGGAACAGUACAGCAGAACAAACAAUGUGGAAGUUAGUGGGAUUCCAAAAACUGCUAAUGAAAACGUCAAAUCUUUAGUGAAGGACAUUGGAUCAGCAUUGGGUCUGGAGGUGGAGACAAGCAGCAUCGCAGCAGCCCACAGAAUCCCUUCGUACAAUAAAACCCGAGUGCCAUCCCUGGUGGUACAGUUUACGGAGAGGACAAUGAAGGAAGCAUUUAUCAACAAGUUUAAGGAGGCUAGGGCAAGGAAUGAACACCUCACGGCUGAUAAAGUGAACAACACCUUUCCCCGGGACAGAGUGUUCGUGAAUGAUCACCUAUCUCCAGAAAACAAGAUCUUCCUAUCCAAGUUGAAGCAGAAGUGCGCUGAAGUCGGUUACUCUUUCGUAUGGUGUCGAGGUGGGAAAUUCUUUGUGCGGAAAUCUGAAGGUGAGAAGGCGAUCAAAGUGAGUACCUACGAGGAGAUAGUAAAGAUCAAAUAA